CAGAGAGAGAGAGAGAGAGACACACACACAGCUAGACAAGAUGGUUAGCUUCGACGAAGCUCAAGUACGACGCGCCGCGAGGGCUCUGCUGAAGCACGUCAACAGCUCCGCGGCGGGGAAGCAGAGUUUGAUCGAAGACGAAGGGGAGGUGGUGCUAGCUCAGAUAUCCCUUCACAAGAUCCCUGGCGACGUCAAGGCCAAGCCGGUCCCGAUCGCCAUACCGCACCCUCUGCGAAAACGAGAGGACUGCGACAUGUGCCUCAUCGUGAAGGACAAUGCGAAGGUCUGGAUCAAGGAGAUGGCGGAGAAGGAACCAGUGGAAGGCCUCACGAAGAUAAUCAAGCUGGACAAACUCCGUACUCAGUACAAAGAUUUCAAAGAUCGCCGAGAGCUUCUGUCGCAGUUCGAUCUCUUCCUCGCCGACGACCGCAUCCUGCCCAUGCUCACCAAGGCCCUCGGCAAGACCUUCCUCAAGGUCAAGAAGCAGCCCGUGCCGAUAAAGCUCGAACGCCGAGCGUCUUUCGCCAAGCAGAUCGCCCGCGCAAGAGACAGCGCCUUCUUGGUGGGGUCGCACGGGGACUGCUGGGCCGUGAAGCUGGCGAACACGUCCAUGACGGAGGACCAGGUGGUAGAGAACCUCAUGACCGGGGUUGCUGCGGUGGUGGAAAAGAUCCCUCGGAAGUGGAAAAACGUCAAGGCCAUCAACAUCAAGUGCUCCCACUCGGUGGCCCUGCCGGUGUACAGCAACAUCGGUGACCUCCCUCCGGCACCAAGCGCCAAGAAGGCGACGGUGGCGGGAAAGGAAGAGGCAGCGGGAGAGGGCGAGGGCAAGGAACCGAACUCUCACUCGCAGGCCAAGAAGCGCAAGCCCCGGCCGCUCAUUCGGCAGCAGCUCAACAAACUCAAGGAGGAGGCCAAGGCAGAGAAGGCAGCGUCGACUGCCGAAGCGGCGACGGCUAGUGGUGGUGCGAAGAGGAGGAAGAAGAGGGCAGCAUCAGAGAACGAGGAGCCAAACGUAGGGGGGGACAGCGCGCGGGAGGGAGCGGGCAGGAAAGUGAAGAAGAUUAAGGCGAUUUCCCCCAAGGCGGCGAGCGGGAGUGCGGGCAACAGGCGAAAGACGAGUGUUGCAUGAUUCAUGGACGGCGUAGCAGUUCUUGAGUAGGCUCGGUAAAAAAGGGUUAACAAUGAUGUGGAUAUCUCCACACUUGUUUGUGUCUUUGGGCGCCUGUGGUAGAAACCCGUGUAUAGUAGAACCUAGGCUUCGCGCACAACAGCAGUGCAUGCCGUCGGUGAGAUGCUGCUGUCAUUUUUCUACCGUCGAGGUUAAAUGGUAUGUGAGUCUCGUACCCAACUUUUACAGAAUAUCGUAAGUUGGAAGAUAUUUUUUAUCUAUUUGUGUUGUGGCAG